CUAGCACAGCUGACAACAAGGUUCUGUUCGGUUGUGCUGCAUUAUUUCGGGUUUUAAUCCGCUUUGCUUCGUUAUUAUUAGUCGUGCAUGCGGUGUGAUGGCUGUGACGGACUGGUACGCGCACAAGUCGCUGGAAAACGGCGUGUUUUGGAUCCAGGAGCGUUUUUACGAAUCGGGGAAUCGAGCCAAUAUCUGGCUGAUUCGCGGAUCUCACCAGGACGUGGUGAUCGACGCCGGGCUCGGCCUGCGCAGUCUGCCCGAGUACAUCAGCGCGAAGGGGCUGCUGGGAGACGACGCCAAGAAGAGAAACCCGCUCCUGGCCAUCGGGACUCAUGUGCACUUUGAUCACUCGGGCGGCCUGCACCAGUUCCAACAGGUGGGCGUGCACGAGGCUGAGGUCGAUGCCCUGGCCAACGGAGACAACUUCGAGACGGUGACGUGGCUGUCGGACCGGGAGAUCGUGGAGGAUCCGUCGCCCGGCUGGACGGCCAGGCAGUACAGAGUGAAAGCAGUGCAGCCCACCCACAUCCUGCAGGAAGGUGAUGUCAUCAACCUCGGGGACCGGCAGCUGACGGUGCUCCACAUGCCAGGCCACUCCAGAGGCAGCAUCUGCCUCCAUGACAAAGACAACAAGCUACUGUUCAGCGGCGACGUGGUCUACGACGGCUCCAUGAUCGACUGGCUGCCCUACAGCGCCGUCGGGGACUAUGUGCGUAGCUGCCAGAGGCUGGUUGAGAUGGUGGACAAGGAGGAAGUGGAGCAGGUCAUGCCUGGCCACUAUAACGCCUUCGGGGCCAAGAGGCUCCACCGGCUGGCCUCCACCUACAUCUCCAGCGCAGGAACGUGUCACAGGUUGACAGCCUGUGCGGUGAAGUCUGUAGCCAGUCUGGCACUUCGGGCUUCCAACGCCUGCUGUGCCUGUUACUAGUUAUUCAAACUUUAUGCAACAAACUCAGCACUGAGCAAUAAGGAUCGUCUGGAUUCAGAGGUGUAAGAGUGGAGGUUGGAUACUCAGCUGAUUGGAAUUAAAAUGAAACAAGAAUUAUAAUGCAUAAAUAUAGAUAUUGUUCAAGCGCUCAUGUUAUAAUUUAAAACUCAGAAAAUUAAGACCAAGUCGAGAGUUCGAGUAACGUAUCCAGGGCAAAAUGGAGCGUUUGCUGUACGUUCGUUUAGAAAUCUCCUGUUCUGCCGUAUCACUCGAGGCACAGCUCUGAGGUUUCCAAUGCUCCUUGUGUUUAGUGUCAGCAGGAUGACACGCUGGGAUUGAAUGUUAACUGUGACAUUUAUAUUAACCGAGAUCUGUCCUCUAUUAAGUCAGGAUGAAGCUUUAUUAUAUAAUUGCAUUAUGAAAUGAUGUUCUAAGAGCAUUAUACAGAGUGUAGCACAGAUUAUCACCUAUGGUAUUGUAGUUUUUGGUAUUAAUGAGGUGCAUUUACUUUUCUACAUUGCUCUGUCUCCAGUUCCUGACUAGUCUUGUGGUCCCUGGACAGUUAGACAGUACUUUUUAUGACAUUUUAUGUACACACUAAAGCAUAAAGCCUUGCAUAUCAGUAUUACUCGCGUCUUGCAGCUCAACAAUGCUGCUUAACCAAACGUCUAGAAAUCAUUCAGCUCGCUUGUUACACCCUGGCAUUGUGGAAUAAAUCACGCUAGGGUGAGCUGUUUGAGGAAAAUAAACAACAAUAGGGAGGGCUGUUCACCGCCCAAAGUAGAUCAUUUUAGUAGAUAGUAGAUAAUCCCUCCCAAAUGGAUCAAUAAAGUGCUAUCUAAUCUAAUCUAAUUUAACAAUAGCAGUAUUUGAGCGAUGCUCCAUACUCAAGAGAAUCUGGUAGCGCAUCGACCUGAUUUUUGAUGACUUUUGUGACUAUAUGAUGUCUGCAUAUGAACAUGUACCAUCACAGGGACCCUGAUUAUAAGUGCAGCGCAACAUAUCUCAGAAACACUUAACCACGGGACAGCAAAAUUUGUAUCUUUAUUUACAAACAGGGUUUUAUUUUUAAUUUCCUUUGUUAAAAAAAUAACUUGGGAUUAUUUGGCAUGAAGUCUCUGACCGGUUCAUAUGCGUUUUGUUCCUCUUGAACACGAGUAUAGCCUCGAACACCGGACAUCAAACACCGUAUACAGAGCACCCCGAAAACUAAAGUAAAUAUAAAUAAUUAACGUAACAUGGUUGUAAUAAAAAAAAAAAAACCCACAAUUUUGCAGACUAUGCUCUGGACGUUACACACCUUGCGCUGCUCAACCAAGGAUGCAAACCUCUACAAGUUAGCCAGACGUGCACCGUUAGCCUCUUUUACUCAGUUUUGUGCUAAACCACAGUUCAACCAAAGCACCGAACACAAACAAAACAGUCUCAGUAAACAGUGAACACAAACUUUACGUUGUACAUAUCAGGAUGACUUUAUAGCAUACCGUACUAAACCUCUGACGUGGUGAAUAUAAACACAGCAGUGAGCGUCUGUAGCAUAAUAAAUACAGCUUCCUGGACUGACAGCUCUGUCCGCCAUUUACGAACACAUUUUACACUCCACUGGGAGCUCUGCUUUUAUAUAUAGGAAAUAUGCCACUUGUAUUUUUCAUACGAGUUACAUCCGGGACAUGGAGAUCCAAAACCAUGACAUAAAUCUCUAUAUGUCACUUGUGAGGAAAUCGAUGAAUUGUUUUUGAUAAAUUUGGGUACUUUUGGUUUGUGAAUGUGUCGAUAUAAUAAAAAGAAAAUCACACUGGCUUGAAGAUAUGAAGUUUUAUCGUCUUGUGUUCAAAAAACUCAUUUUUUCAUACGAAAUACAUCAUGGAUCUGAGUAACAUGUUUAAUAGUUAUUCCAUGAAAUCGAGUCGUACAUGAGCUGAUAGCUGAUGAGGUGCGUAGCACCGAGUCGGCGAUAAGCUAUGUAUGAUGAGAUUGAGUGGAAUAACUGUUUUAUUCUAUCCACAUUCACUGGAUUUUAAGAAACAGAGCAUUUUUAUUUUUUGCAAAUUCGAUUAAUAAAAACUUUAUACAAAACAUCCAACAAAAUAAUCUCAGCUUAGAAUGUAAAUUGGCUGGCGAAAUGACGACAACACCAAUUUGUGAAAAAUGCAAUAAUAAUAAUAAUUCUUGAAAAAAAAGACUUGUUCUUACCGUCAAAUACUUUUAUUCCAUAUAUUUUGUUGCUUGUUUGUAUUUUUGGGGUUUUCUUCUUCAGGUUAUUUUUUUUUUUCUUUCUUUUUUGGUGGUUGGCAAACCAACUUAAAAGUGCAUUACCGCCAUCGACUGGGCUGGAGUGUGGAACAGGAGAUAUGGGGGGGGGACCCUAUAUUCUUUUAGCGAUUUCUUUUAAAUACUUGAUUUUUGGGGUUUUGUUUUCGAGUAGAGGUUUUGUUUCAUCCUCGGUCGGUUUAGCAACACGCUCCUCUAUUUUGUUUUUCUCUACUCACGGUAUAUGAGCUGAUAUCCUAGUAGUAGAGUAGCCAAUCAGAGCACGCGAUUGCUCAUAUCCGGUGCAUGUGGAUAGAAUAAUUUCCGAUAUUUCACUCCGAUGACAUCACUCUCAGUGUUUUCCCGCUGACUAGAUGCGUGUUGUCAUGAUGGCGACCCGGUUCAAAAUUAAAAUUCUUUUGAUUAACUUGUGUUUUUUUUUUUUUUUUUGUGGAUGUGUUCAUAUAAUAUAAAGAACAUUACUCGCUUCACUUGCUCGUGAAUAUGUUCACCACUGGAAGAUAAACUUAUGCUGUAUUCACACUUAUACCGGUACGAUAGUGGUAUAACUGUAUUGAUCCAAAGUAUACCGGUACAGUUUAGUGCAUCUGUCCACACUAGCGAGAAAUGUUUGCGGUUUUCUUUCACGGUAGUUGAAAUGCGCGUGCGCGAAAUGUUUCCGUGGUUACCGAGUAACUUCCUUCCGAGAAUAUGGCGGAUGAAACAACGUGUGUGUGCUUUUUGUUGUCAGUGUACAGUCUGUAUUUCUGGUGGUCAUUUAUUCAGUCGAAUCGUAUAAAACGCGCGAGGGAGUUGAGAAAGAAACAAACAAAUCUCCGUUCUUCACUAUUUUAUUCAGCGAAGACAUCGAUUGAGGUGUGUGACUUUGUGCAUGCGCAUUAUAUUUGUAUCGAUACAGAACCGCUUCAUCUGUCCACACUACAGCGAAGCGCUACAGUACCGAUACUGGACCGGUAUGAAACCCAUACAUUUGUGGGUUUCGUACCGAUACAGUUAUACCACUACAGUACCGGUAUAGUUGCUAGUGUGGACAGGUGUUGCGGUACGAAAGUAGUAUCGUAUCGGUACAAAAUCCCUAGUGUGGACAGGGUAUUCAUAUCUUUAUGCCACAGUAUAUAGUUCUUUAUUAUAUAGACUCAUUCACAAACAAUUCAUUGAUUUUCCUCACAACUGACAUGUAGAGAUUUGUCACGGUUUUGGUUCUCCAUGUCCCAGAUGUAGUUCGUAUGAAAAAUACGGGUGGCGUAUUUCCCAAUAAAACACUUGUUUAUAUUUUUUAUACUACAGCAGUUUUCCAAAGCUAACAACUCCCCUAUCUUCCCUGUUCAUUUUCUCCCUAAUUUUAGUCUUACCCACUAAUCAGGUCUCGCUUAUCAUAUGACAGCUACCAACCAGGGAGGGCGAAGGCUAUCACGUGAUGCCACUCAACCGAAUCUUGAACUGCUGUUCAGUGAGGUGGUAUAAUGCACUGGGAGGAAAUGCUGUCUGCCUUCAUGUGCAUGCACAAGCUCACAGAAGCCCACGAAUAGCUAGGGAGAGACAGCAUGCCACGCCUUCCACCAAGAGAGCCCAGUCAGUUUUGUUCUCUUGGACUUCGGGAUCCCACUUGGCUGUGGGAUCAUCAGGAUUCAAACCCAUAAACUCCAGACGAUUGGGUAAAUGCUUUUCUCUUGCGUCAAUCGGGCGCCAAUACGAACAACUUUUUAUUUAUUAAAGAGCGACACGACACGCCGUACUUUUGUUUAUAGUUCAGUUUAAUGUUGUGGAAUAUGACUUACGAAAUGCUGACACUAGAGACUCCGUGCAUAAAUUUUGAAUCAACAUCUCCUUACAGAAAACUUCAUUUCAACAAUUACACACUUUUGGUUGCACAGGUUCAUGUCAAAGAUUCAUUUGAUUGAUUGAUUGAUUGAUUGAUUGAUUACAAAUAACUACAAGUGUCCGGGUCUUUUUUUAAAUUUGUAUAUGGUGGUGUUUAAAUUGAUAUUUAAGAAAUCGGUAGCUUUUAAUAUUCAAAUGUUGAUCUCUCUUUUUUAAUUUUAUACUGUAUCUCCUGUACGUGAUUGGUGGUCAGAUAAAUCUUUGAUAUACUUUGUGUCCAGUGAACAGAAAUCUCUAGAAUAUAAUCCAGAGAAGCCCUUAAUCUGCUUUGCAAGUGGGACCGAUCUUCUCCAUAGCUCUCUAAAGCAAACAUGACAAGGUCACCUACUGAGAUAACCUUGUCCAAGUUGGACUGAAGGCAUACCAACAUAUUUAAACCAUAUUACCUAAGCAAGAGUGCAGUUAUACUGUAUAUUGAAUAUCUCAUCUCAUCUCAUUAUCUCUAGCCGCUUUAUCCUGUUCUACAGGGUCGCAGGCAAGCUGGAGCCUAUCCCAGCUGACUACGGGCGAAAGGCGGGGUACACCCUGGACAAGUCAGCAGGUCAUCACAGGGCUGACACAUAGACACAGACAACCAUUCACACUCACAUUCGCACCUACGGUCAAUUUAGAGUCACCAGUUAACCUAACCUGCAUGUCUUUGGACUGUGGGGGAAACCGGAGCACCCGGAGGAAACCCACGCGGACACGGGGAGAACAUGCAAACUCCGCACAGAAAGGCCCUCGCUGGCCACAGGGCUCGAACCCGGACCUUCUUGCUGUGAGGCGACAGCGCUAACCACUACACCACCGUGCCGCCCUGUAUGUUGAAUAUUUAAAUAAUAUUGACUGGCUUUGAGUGGUAUAUCAUAUAUAUUCCAUUCAGCUACUCGUCUUCGACUCGUUCAGUAUCAUGGUAGCUGAAUGGAACAUAUCUGAUAUACCAUGAAAAAAAACCCAGCCAUUAUUGUUAUCAUACAUGCACAUUCCUUUCGGGUGUUCACUGCAUCUCUCUUUUUUCAAAAUUCUCCCAAAAUCUUCAGUAUUUAAUGAAGCAGACCUGGUGGCCAUGUUUGUUUACAAAUUGUCCCAGUUGCUCGCUAGCGCGGAAGUUUUACGUCUCCGACGUGUGACGUCACGUUGUCUUUAUAUCGUAAACCAUAUUCAAUGCUCAUUCUCCAUUGGUUAGAGUGAUGUAAUACACGUAGGAUAAGCGAUACGCUAACAAUAUUGCAUGCUAUCAAAGCAAAUGAAUGAAAGCCGCGAGAAGGGAAUAGAACACAUUUUUAUUCCAUCAAAAAAGUGUCCUGCAUGUAUAAUAAUACAGUAUAACAUCACAAUUGUGAGUAUGAUAUUUGUUUUUGUACAACAGUUCUGUAAACAAGAAAUGAAUACUGACUAACUGACAUUUCAAACACUACAUGGUCAAGGUUUUGUUUAUUUUUGUUUUCAUAUUUUAAAUUCCAGUAUAUUCAUGAAAAAUUUACCAUUUAUUCCCUGUACGCUGAUGUCACUAGUACUACUGGAGUAACCGUUUUGAACUAGGACGUGGAAUUUUAUGUAGUAAACACAAGCAAGUGCAGUGAUCCACCCAAAUGCAUUUACACUAAAUAUCGGCACCCUUGGAAUGUCGGUUGCUGAUCACAUCAGUGGACCGGAACUGACUGUUGUCAUUAUGCGUACAGUAUAUGGAAAAGUGUGUGUGUGUGUGUAUGUAUAAUAGUUUUUGUGGCAUGCACACUUGAUGUAGCUCCAAGAUCGCACUACAGUGACUUCAUCUAUGCAGAAACAUCUGAAAACCCGAGGGGUUGGUGACACAAUACACACUACAGUAGCAACGAAAGAAUGAAGUUCAAUCUUUCUCAAGUCCGAAUGAACAUCUGCUUCACUUCAUAACUGAAAAUGGAUGAAAAAAAAUUUCCAUUUGUGAGAGAUUUUCAACAUGAGCCUCAUGACACCCACCAAACUUUUGUUGAAGGUUGUUUUCGCCUUCGUUUGUUUUUGUUCAUUUGUUCCCAACGUAACUCAAAAAGUAGCGAACAGAUUUUUGAGGAAAUCUGAGCCAUGGAACAAUUAAUGAGAUUUUGAUGAAAAUCCUGAUAUAUACUGCAUGUACGUAAACACAGGAAACAUCUGGAUACUCUAAUAUGUGGCUUGGCGGAGGUAUUCACUUAACCGAGUACCCUUCUAGUUUUCAUCUUUAAUCCAGCUCGGUUGAGUAUCUUCCAAUUACACAGAUCCUGAACAUCUGCAGGACCGCAGACUACACCAGAUGUUCUCCAUCAAAGAUGGACAGAUAAUCCAGAAAGUAUUGCGAAAGUGUUAUGGUUCUAUGAUGAGAUUUGAAAAUGUACAGAACAUUUCUUUGGAUUUAAGUGUGACGUGACAGAUGUUUAAAAAAAAAUUAAACCGGAUGUAGCUGAAUAUUAAUGAAUGUAUUUCUGUUCAGCGAGCUGUAACUGAGAGCAUACUGGAUAUCGUAAUUUCAGUGAUAACGUGUGAGGAAAUUAAAGCUUGUUGGGUUGAAAAGGUGAACAGAGUAGCAGAUUACAAGAAGUUAUCACUUGACGUGACAGGGUGACAAUCUUUCAUCGCUAUUUUCCGAACCUCAGUUAAUGACGAAGCUCCUUGUAAAUAGUAAACAUUAGCUGGAACAGAGACAGGGUAAAGUCAUUGAGUGAGUAAGGUGUGGUGUGCAGAUCGUUGUAUUAAUUUUGUGUGCCAAAGCAAACUUUUGCAUGUGAUUGUUUGUUUGUUUGUUUGUUUGUUUGUUUAUUAAGCACAGAGACUAACAGGAAAGUUCAAGUGAAUCUUGCGUCAGAAAUUUUGGUCAUGAAUACGAAUGUUAUAAUAUUUGUGUUCUUGAAUUAAUUGAUUGAUUAAUGCUGAGUUGGACCUUUUCUUUUAUGAGCACAAACAUUUUUUGGUAACACUUUUUCUAACACCUGUAAUGAUCUGUACCUACAUUCAUAACAUUAUAUACAGUGGUGCUUGAAAGU